GGCGGACAGGGGAGGCUCCGGGGGAGGUGACGGUCACCAGGAAGCGAUGCCCGGGCGUCUGCCCCCGCCCUCCCAACCAGCCAGCGGCAGCAGUGGAGGAGGAGGAGAGCCCGGGCAGCCGUCACCCAGCCCCGCGGCGCCCCCGCCACACACACCGGAGCCCCGGCCAGCAGCACAGCGCACCGGGGGAGAUUCAUGUGUCCGUGAUGCCCGCUGUGGUCUGCACCACCCCCGGAGAUGGAGGACACCCCGCUGCCCUCCGGGCUCCUGGAGGUCUGCGUCCUGGUGGGCGCCCCCGUGGAGAAGGUCCGGGAGAUAGACAAGGUCGCUCAGAAAGGUAUAAGGAGUUUACCCACUAUCGAGCCGGAAAUCACUUCUGUCUUCGUCCCUCCGUUUGUUUCCAAGGAUGAGAAGCAGAGUGCAGCGUCAGCUGCUCAGAACAGUUAUCAGAGGGUGGCCAGGAGGCGCUCCUUCCGGAAAAAGAAGGAAAAGCCCAGAGCCCAGACGCCGUCCGGUGACGAUGCCAACCACAGAGAGACCACCACGGAGGAGAUUAGUGUGCCCCAAGACAUUGACCUCAUAGGUUUGCCCCAGCUCUGCUUUCCAGGCGGCCUUCAGGUUACUGCAGAACCCAAAGAGCAGCAUUUCCACUUCCUGGUGUUCACCGAUGUUUUGGGGAACAGGACGUUCGGGGUUGUUGCUCAGGACUCCAGGACCGUCCAGGACACGUUGAGGCUGUCCAGUGGAGCUUACUGGGACUCCUCCACCCGGGACACAAAGACCUACGAUGCCUAUUUACCCUUUGCCCUCUGUGUUAUAUCCCGGUAUCCGUACUACAAUGCCAUAAAGGACUGCCUCUCAUGCCUCCUGACACAGCUGAAAUCUUACAGAGUCGCUGAACUUGACGACCGUAUUAAAGAAUUUGCAGCCAAAUUAUCUCUUAUACCAAGCCCGCCACCUGGACCCCUUCACCUGGUCUUCAGCUUGAAACCCCUUCAGAUUUUUUUUCCAUCACGAAAGGAUCCUGACAGCCCAAUAAUCGAUAUGGAUCUUCAUCUUCCAUUUCUCUGUUUCACUCCCAAGCAGGUGCUGCAGAUCAUGGCCUGCAUCCUGACCGAGCAGAGAAUAGUCCUUUUCUCCUCAGACUGGGCCUUGCUCACCCUCCUGGCCGAGUGCUUAAUGGUCUUCCUCCACCCCAUCAAGUGGCAGCACACCUUAGUGCCCAUCUUGUCUCGUCACAUGCUGGACUUCAUCAUGGCGCCAACGACCUUCCUGAUGGGCUGCCACUUGGAUCACUACAAGGAAGUCUGCAAGGAAGCUGAAGAUAUGAUCCUGAUUGACAUAGAUAGUGGCAGCAUUAACUACUCCUUGGUUGGGGAUGAAGAGGAUUCCGAUGUCCCGGAUAUUCCGGUACAGGCUGCUGAGAUGUUUCUGUGCAGGGUGGAGAAUCUUCAGCUGCACUACGACCUGGAGAUGUCUCAUCGCUCGUCAUCCCUGGACAUCGGGGAGCAGAGGCUGCGUCGGAGACUGUGGCAGCAGAAACUGAACUGCGAGGUGCAGGAGAUCGCUCUGCAGCUCAUCGUUGACAUAUUCCGAGACGUGAAAGCGCACCUUAAUUAUGAGCAUCGCGUAUUUAACAGCGAGGAGUUUCUGAAGACCAGGAGCGUGGAGGACCAGCCGUUCUACAGAAAGGUCCUGCGCACAUACAUGUUCAAUUCGUUUCUCAAAGCUCGCCUUAACAAGAGGAUGGAUGACUUUGCCCGGAUGGAGCUGGACACGACCUCAGAUAUUGAUAGGAGGUCCAGUUUGCAUUUUGAAAACCAAAGACGGCGGGCCACCGAGAAGCUGAAGCGCUUCCGGCCGGAACACAUGUUCAGUAAGAAGCUGGUGAUCAGCAUGCCAAACCUGCUGGACAUCAAGAUGGCCGACGUGCCUGCAGGACCACUCUCCCUCAGGAGACCCCCGCAGGAGAACGGAAAUAAAGUACCGGGGACGUCUGUUUACACUUUCAAGCUACCCGAAGUCCAUUUUCCUCUGGUUCCGCAUGGCAUUCAGACCUAUUACACGGAGCUGAACAAUUACCUCAGUAAAGAGAUCCUCAGCCUGCCCCCCGAGAACUCCGUGCUGCUGGCCCGGUACUACUACCUCCGCGGCCUGGUGUGCCUCAUGCAGGGCAAACUGCUCAGUGCCCUCUCGGACUUCCAGAACCUGUACAAGACGGACCUGCGCAUCUUCCCCAUGGAAAUGGUGAGGAAAGUGGUCCUCUGUCUGCCGGAAUCCGAGCGCCAGCAGGCCGACCGCAGACCGGAACUGAAGAGGCUCAUCGGCCAAGUGUUGGACAAGGAAAGAGAAGUGACGCGGACCGACGACCACGUGAAGAAGUUCGAGUUGCCCAAGACGCAUCUGCACCUGGAGGACUUUGUGCGGCGGAUACAGGAAUCUGGAAUCGUAAAAGACAUUGAUACAAUUCACCGCUUGUUUGAUGCGCUGACUGUGGGUCACCAGAAGCAGAUUGACCCCGAUGUCUUCAAGGACUUCUACACUUGCUGGAAAGAGACGGAAACGGAAGCCGAAGAGGUGAAUCUGCCGUCUAUAGUGGCCAAGAAGCUGGACCAGAACGAGUUUGUGUACAAGUUGUCCAGCUCGGUGAAGACCAACAUGGGUGUGGGCAAGAUCGCCAUGACUCAGAAGCGCCUCUUCCUUCUGCUGGAGGGACGGCAGAGCUACGAGGAAAUAGCCAUCUUUAGAAACAUAGAGGACGUGAAGAUCUCCACCUCCGCCUUCCUGCUCUUAAGGAUCCCGACGCUCAGGAUAAAAAUCUCCUCCAGGAAAGAUGUGUUUGAAGCCAACCUGAAAACGGAAUGUGAGUUGUGGAACGUCAUGAUCAAAGAGAUGUGGGCUGGAAGGAAGAUGGCGGACAGUCACAAGGACCCUCAGUAUGUGCAGGAAGCUCUGACCAACGUCCUGCUCAUGAAUGCGGUGGUCGGUGCUCUGCAAAACUCAAAGGCCAUAUACGCUGUCUCCAAACUCUCGCACUUCGACAGGAUGAAAGAUGAAGUGCCCAUGAUGAUUCCAAAGACCACUUCCGAGACGCUGAAACACCGGAUCAAUCCUUCCACCGGGGAAAUGGUGGCCCAGUCGGUAGACGUGCUGCUGUAUACGCCAGGGCAGCUGGAUGCGUCAGGAAAGGACGACUCACCUAAGUUAUGGUGCGCCCUGGGCGAGGGGAAAGUGGUCGUGUUUAAUGCUUCCACCUGGUCCAUUCAGCAGCAUUGCCUGAAAGUGGGAAACUCUAAACUGAGGUGCAUGGUGGGAGUGGAGCAGAGUCAGGUGUGGGUUGGAUCGAGCGACUUUAUCAUCUAUAUCAUCAAUACGUACAGCUUGUCCUGCAACAAACAGCUGAACGACCACCGGGCAGAGGUCGUGGACAUCGUACUGGACGACAGUGACCGUCAGCGGAGGAUUGCGUACUCCUGCAGCGCGGAUGGGAUGGUCUUUACCUGGGAUGUAAACACCUUGAAGGUCCAUCAGCGGUUCCAGCUGCAAUAUGAUGACGUCACAUCUAUGACCAUGCACGGUGACCUCCUGUUCUUCUGUACGAAAGACCUGGUCCUGCUCUCCAGAAAGAACGGUCAGCAGUGUAGGAAGCUGGAGAUUUCCGAGAACCUGUGCAAGAUCGGUUCCGCAUUUUACUGCAUCCAGCUGUUCCCCGAGAAGGGGCAGCUGUGGGUCUCCUGUAAAGAGGGCAACGAGAUCUGUGUCUUUGACCUGAAGGAUUUCUCCAGAACCGCUCACAAGGUUCUCCUGCAGGACUGCACGGCCAUCACCUGCAUGCUGAGAGUCAAGCAACAGAUCUGGGUCGGCAGCAAGGGAAUAUCGCAGGGUAAAUCCAAAGGGAAGAUCUACGUCAUUGACGCGGAGAAGAAGACUGUGGAGAAGGAGCUGGUUGCACAUGUGGAUAUAGUGAAGUCCCUGUGUUCUGCGGAGGACAGAUACGUGCUGAGCGGGUCUGGAGAAGAAGAGGGGAAGGUGGCUAUCUGGAAGGUGGAAUGAUCCAGAGAAGCCGUUGAAUUAUUUUCUUCUUAAUACUUCGGUCAGACGCCAUCCUGGUGACCCAGAAGAUGUUGCUCCACCUUGGUUCUGGGUGUUGGCCAGAGUGGUCCGUGGCCGGGAACAGACAGGAGUUGUCAGAUAUAAAAGUCAUCCUUUUCGGUUUGAAAAACCAGCGUGUGGCCUAAUAGAUUACUUCGGACAAAUUGUCUUGAAGGGUUCGGAGACCUGGUUCCCGAUUCAGAAAUAUCAGCAGUAACCGUGCCGGAAGUUAGACGGGGAGUCCUCAUGGUACAUCACCCCAACACGCACUAAUGGGGAAAGACUUCAGGGGGAGCCGAAUACCACUGAAGAGAUGUACCCCUGAGUUGUGGUAUCUGUGAUGGACGUGGGGCCUAUGUGACCGGUUCCUGACUUAAUCUACAUAUUGCGCAUUAAUUACCUUGUCCUGCUCCACGGACUGUAGGAUGCUAUAUUGUCGCUAUGGAUUCCACAGUCUGAUCACUACAGGGCGCGAGGUCUUUGGUACUGGUUAUCUCAGGAGAGAAAAAUCAGUGGAUGGACAAAGCUGAUUAUAAAUGUAACACUGGGACUUUCCCUGUACAGGGGUAUAUAUAGAGGUACGGUAGCUCGCCAUGUUUCCCUGAAAGCGAAGCAUCCGGGAAGUCCGUACACCAGUGAUGUCACCGGGGGCGUGACCAAUUAGCGACACAGUAACCACUGCAACGUAUCCGACAGAGAACCGAUUGUAGAACAUCUAAUCGGGAGGACAUUUAUACAGUAACACCCAGCAGUAUUUAUAAUGUGCUAAGAAGCAUUUAUUCUGCUAUUUAUUCACUAAUUAUCAGCAAACAUCUCCACUGCUGUUGUGUCUGCUAUCUCUUGGGGGCUUUUUUUUGUUUGUUUAAAAUGUUUGGAAAGUUACACUACCGUUACCAGAUUUGCACACGUUGACCAGAUCAUGUUUUUUGGAAGGGGCAAAGCUUAGGUUUUGUCUUUGUCGCUUGUGUCAUGUGUUGUUCCGUCUGUCACUUAAGACAAUUUUUGUUUGUGGACUUUUUCUUUUAACUACAAUUGGGCGACUGGACGGGUCUACGGAAGUGACCGCCCCCCUCUCAGUGGCUUUUAUUUAUUUUUAAAGUAACAUUUUUAGGACCAUGAAUGGUGACAAAUAUCCGCAUAUAAUAGCAAUUUAUUUCUGUACCCCACUGCGAGCUUCAAACAUAGUUCAUAUAUUUUCAGUAACUCGAUGAUUUGCCCGGUUAGUAUCAAAUUUGCAUAUACAGUUUUGUUUUGCAAACUAUGACCAAAUACGAUCUGAGACGCAGUCACACACAUAAAGUAAUGUGUCACGUGAGAAGUCUAGAACACAAUGGGCGGUAUUCAAAUGAUCUAUCACGCCCAAUCUCCUUCUAAAGUUAUCACGCAAACCGUGCCCAUAGUAAUCAGGUUUAGCUGCGUAAAAGGGUUGGGCGCCCUCGCUAUCCCGGGGGUAGCGAGCUGAAAUGUUUAUACCACGCCCGUCAGCAGAAACAGAACGGGUGUGGAAGGGGGUGUAAAGAAUUGAAUACCGAUCAUGUCUGUUUGGGGAGGAUGGUGUUGAAUUUAGUUUGAAAAAAUCCAAAUAUACAUGUUAAGUUAGGUCUAAAAAAAUGUAAACUGUAUGAUAUAAAACACACGUGUACGUACCCUCAUUUACCAUUGCUUUUAAGUUUCUCAUUUCUAUGUUAUGGCUCAAUUUGGAUUCCAAAAAAGUUUUCAAUCUCGUUUGCAGUGAUGACGUGUUGAUGUCUAUUUACAAGACUCUUACCUGCCAUUGUGUCGGAGCAAAAAGAAAAUAUUACAGUCCAUUUAAACCUUUCCAUACAUUUUGUACAUGUGAUUUUUUAAAGAACUUUUAGGUACAUACUGUAUAUACACAACCAUUGUGUCUUUCCCCAGUUCCCCCACCAGGUGGCGCUGGAGAAAACGUUAAAGCUUUAAGAAUGACUUUACUAAAGUAACCAAAGAUUCUAGAAAAAUGUAAAAAUGUUUGUUAUAUGUCUAGAAAUAUGUAUUUUUCUCUAAUACGCCCCAGUUACGAUGGGGAAACGUCUUUUCCAAGUUUUGAUAAGUAAGCGCAAACAUAAUAACAUGGUUUGUUAUAUAUAAAGCGUUUACGCACAUGUAUCAUAGACUUAAUUUAAGGAAAUGUUGUACAGUAUACCUUCAGGGUAAAUAAAUAUAUGUAAAUGA